CCAGAACUACGUUUUUAAGGGUCGCUGAUCUACUUCCGGGUUUUAACAAAGAGUUAAAGGGGAAGUUAGAGCUACAAACUGAGCACAAGGCUCAACAUGAGCAUUCAGGAGCAGGACUCACCGGAGAAGAAAUACGACCCACUUGACAAAACUCUGAAGUUUGUGAACAGGGGAGAUGAUUUGGAUCCAGUGUCUUCUGAUUUUAAUUCUCUCAGAGCUGAAAUGUCCUGCGGCCAUGCAGUCACUCCUGAUUCCCUGACCCAGUGGUGUCGCAGCCAGCUGGACGAGGGGAAUCAUAAAUUCAGAUGUCCUGCGGUGCUGGAGGGAACCAAGCUGUGCAACAAGCCCUGGUCGUACCAGGAGGUGCGCAGACUGGCUGACCUGAGCGUUGAUGAAAUGGAGUACUUUGAGCAGAAGAUGGCCUCCCUGUCUGUGUCAGAGUACUGCGAGGUUCAGUCGUGUCCAAAAUGUAAAACCACCGUGGAGAGGAAGGAUCUGUCCAACCUGUGUGUCCAGUGUGUCAUUUGUACCGCCGACCAGAAGAAGACCUACCAGUUCUGCUGGCAGUGUCAGAAGGAGUGGAAAGGCUCGGGGCCUCGGUCGGAUCGCUGCAGCAACAACGGCUGCAUCAACAGGGACCUGCAGCUGCUGAAGAAGUGCAAAGACGUCAGCCUGCCCCAAGUGAAGGGCGUCACCAGCUGCCCCUCCAUCCGGGCCUGUCCCGUGUGCGGCAUGAAGGUGGAGCACAACCGGAUGUACUGCAAAAAUGUGACGUGUCCUCGCUGUCGCUUGACGUUCUGCUUCGUUUGCCUGAAACCAAAGAGUGAGUGCUGCAAGAGCAGCUCGCCGUACAGGAUCUGUCCCAGCGGUGUGGCGCCGAGGCAGACCUGCAUCCCCGUGUGGAGGAAGUGAUGGAGGACAGUUUGUCUGGUGGGAAGAUUCACCAGAAACAUACAGGAGGAUUUCUGGAGUUUAGGACAUGUUAAAAAGGAUUUCAUGUACAGAAAAUGUUUGCGUCGUUCGUGAAUAUUCCAGCUUUAAAACUUUAGUUAUGAUAUGUUUACAGUAUGUCAGUCACAUUUGAAAGAUUACAUAAUGAAGCAUUAAAGGGAGAUUUAUUAUCUGAUAGGAUACUAAAACUCUUUCUAUAGCUUGUUUGGCUACAUGUAAAAUAUGUUUAGUAAUAUAUUGAAUUGACUUUGUUCUUAAUCACAUUUCUAACAUUUAAUGACUCAAAUUUGUUGAGCUCACAAAAUAUUCACAUACGUAUUAAUAGUUUUUUGCUCAGAAUGUUGUUUUCAUGCUUAUGUGAUUCUUUUAUUUAGCACCUUAUGAAAGGAAGUAGCAUUUCGUAGAGAAGAAACCAAGAUAGACAAACAUAUUAAGGCAGAUGCUCCCAACAGUGAUUCCACCUUCAUCUGUGAGUUAUUGUGCUCAUUUUUUGUUAAAAAAAAAAGUGAUAUAUUAGCUUGAAGUCUUCUCUUCCCUCUAAAUGUUGUUUAACUACUAUCAUUUAUCACUGCACUGUCAGGUUCACAGUGUGUUUAUUGAACUGUCACUAACUGCCACUGAAAUGAGAAAUAAACAACCUAUUAAAAUCA